AUGGUAUUAGUGUCUGCUUGGUGUUUCUUCAGCACAAAUGCAAUUGUUGGCACCAACCAAACUAAUUUCCAUUUGUGGUACAAUGUUACUGAUCUGUAUGAGCAAACAAGAAAAGAAAAUCCAACAAUGGGCCAACCAAGAAGUAUGGAGUCAUUGAGACAACACUACAAACGAAUCAAUGCAAAUGUCUCAAAGUGGAUUGGUGCAUACAAACAUGCGCAUGAUCGAGCUACGAGUGGCCAGUCUAAAGAGGACAUUGAGAAAACCGCUCAACAACUGUAUGGUAAGAACAAGUUUACUCACCAUAAGGUUUUUGAGGAGGUGAUGAGAUACAAUCCCAAGUGGGAAUUGAAAUUGAAUAGCACUGGUUCAACGCGUUUCCAGCCAGAUGAAGAUAGUCUUGAAGAAAGUCGUGGGAGCUCAAAAAGGUCGAGGACUAGUGAAGAAGGAGGACCUCAAAUCGACUCCACUCCUGAGAGUCGUUCUUCUACAUUGCAACGUCCUAUUGGGAGAGAUCAGGCUAAAGCUAAGGCUAAAAGAAAAGGCAAAGAAGUUGCAACACCAUCAUAUACAAUUCCUAAUGAUUUCACUGCAGCACUGCGUGAAAUGAGAGUCACACGUGAAAGGGAAUGUGAUAUUCAGGAACGGAAGAUCAAGGCAGCUAUCCUUACUCCGUUGAUGGCUAGGAGGGACUUAACUCCAGAAGAAGAAGAUCUGAAACGCGCUCUAAUAGCAGAAUUGUUUGGGAAGUGA